GCUCAGCGGGGCAAAGGAUACAGCAUCAACUGCCAGAGAGGCUGCAACUGGAAAGACACCUGCCUCUGCACUGUCUCACCCCACCGGCACUGAUCUUUAACUGGCCAAGGUAUGAAGCGCCCUUUAAGCCCCGACAACAUACAUGAAAAUGGGAAAAUGAGUACCGCCAUGUUUUUGCGCUGCUUUGAAGAAAAGCUCACUUGGGAAGAACAGACAGACUUUAUUAAUGAAAAAAAGAAGUUUGAAUUUUCAUUGUGUGAAGUAUGUAACAUCCAGCUGAACUCGGCUGCACAGGCCCAGAUCCACUACAAUGGAAAAUCACACCUUAAAAGAGUAAAGCAACUUAACAAGGGCAAAAAUCCCACAAACACAUCAUCGGGUUCAUUACUUGUAAGCAACAGCACAGGUAGCACAUGUCACACCACCACAUUACCAGCACUAGUCCGGACUCCCAGUCUGUUGAUGCAGCCUUCUCUGGAUAUGAAACCAUUUAUGCCAUUCCCAUUGGACAAUAGUCCCCCUGUUGGUCUAUUCCCAAAUUUCAACACAAUGGACCCUGUACAGAAAGCAGUAAUAAACCACACAUUUGGCGUAUCUAUACCACCAAAGAAAAAACAGGUUAUCUCUUGCAAUGUCUGCCAACUGCGCUUUAAUUCUGAUAGCCAAGCCGAGGCCCAUUACAAAGGCAGUAAACAUGCCAAGAAGCUCAAAGCACUAGAGACAACAAAAAAUAAGCGGAAAACUGCUUCCUCCAAGGACAGUGCAAAGGCAGUUAUGAGCUCAUCUGCGAACCACAAAUCAGAUGAGGAGGAGAAAUUAAAAGCCAUCAGUUUGGUAGGUCAUGGGAUGGCAGAGAUUCGAACAUUCAUUGCCAAGUCCGAGGUUGCAGUAACUGCGAUGAUACCAGCAACGCUCAUCAAGAAUGCAAACGGAACCACAAACGUUUCUGAAUCUGAAGAGGAAAAAGCCAAGAAGCUACUGUACUGUUCACUAUGCAAAGUAGCAGUCAAUUCCUUGUCACAACUAGAAGCACACAACACAGGUUCUAAACACAAGACAAUGCUUGAAGCACGAAAUGGUGCAGGUCCCAUAAAAUCCUAUCCCAGAUCCGGAUCCAGACUAAAACUUCAAAACGGUAGCAAAGGGUCAGGUUUACAGAACAAAACAUUUCAUUGUGAGAUCUGUGAUGUGCAUGUGAACUCGGAAAUUCAACUAAAGCAGCACAUUUCCAGCAGAAGACACAAGGACAGAGUAGCAGGAAAGCCAACAAAGCCUAAAUAUAGCCCAUACAACAAACUUCAGCGAAGUCCUAGUAUUUUAGCGGCAAAGCUUGCAUUCCAAAAAGACAUGAUCAAACCUCUAGCACCAACAUUUCUUUCAUCGCCUAUUGCAGCAGCUAUGUCUUCUACAUUUUCCUUGCCACCUCGUCCCCCAAGUUCUCUGUUUCAGGGACACAGUUUAGCUCCAACAUUUCUAAGAGCAGGGCACGGUUCAAUUCGAGCAACAACCGCAUCCAUUCUCUUCGCCCCUUAUUGACUAUAAUCCGACGGAAACGACAGCAAGAGACAAAUGCAUAGGAUCUUGUGUUCCAUAAAUGCCUGGUCUGUUUUGAUGGGACUAUCUGGGAAUUAUAUCUAAAGAUUAUAUAGAUCUUGCCACUCAGUUCUUCUCUCAAAAGCUUCAUAAACAUAAUUUUCAUGCAGAUUUGCAAUCAAAAGCUCCAUAACCGUUACUCUACAAAUAAUUAUGGGCCAUGGGAUGUGAAGAAAGCUUUUCAUAAGCUCACAUAGCGCUGUAUCCGUGUUUUUCUUGUCAUCAUUUCUUGGUGACAACAAAUAUGAAAGUUCUUUCAUUUUUUUUUUACUACUGGCCAACUUGAAAACAAGGGUCCUUUAGACCUUUGAUGUACAUAUAGAUGUUUGGAAUCCAAAUGUCCAUUUUGAAGCGUGGGAUAUAUAGACUAAUAAGUGCUUUAUUGUGGAUAACACCAAAUCUAUGGAUGACAUGAAGUAUUCCUAAGUGUGAUAUAGUUAACAAAGAUUGUGUAACAUUGUUUUAGACCCAAAUAUUGUUUUUGUCUUGUACUGUUAUAGAAUUUAGAUGCUGUUAUGGCAUUAAAUUGCUGUGUUACAGGUAAAAAGCAGCUCUGCAUUGAUGAAUUGUUCAAUGACUUUGUUCUAAUAGAUGGGAAACCUAUAGAAAAGCCAUAUAAUAUCAAAUUGUCAUGAUAUAUUUAUUUUUUUUGUCUAACUUAUAGCUUUGAUUUUAGCUUCCUUAAGACUUAAUUUAUUAUUACAAGAUAAAUACCACCAUAUGCCAGAUAAGGUGACAACAUUGUUCAUACAAAAGGUUGUUUUUUUGGUUUACACUAACAAAGUAUUAUUUUUGUGGCUCUGAAUGCAAUAAUGUACAGAGGUAAAAUAUAUGUAUAUAUACUUAUAUAUGAAUAUUUGUGUGUUUUCAAUUGGGAAAACAAGUCAUAACACUGGCAAUUUACUCAAGAUGUGUUAAUUUAUAAGGAUGCAUAUUGCAGUGUUGAAUAUUUGAUUGUUACAGCACAUAAAACAAUGGAGCACAAAAUAAAGUUUUUUGAAGCACAUUUACUUAAAUCGUUUUAUUCUGCAAUCGUUUCAUGGUUUCAAUUUCUGUGUACUUUUGUAAUGUACCUUUCCAAUAAAACUCCACAAAAAUGCCAUA